AUGACAUCGAGCUUCAAAACAUGCUCAGGCCCUGACAAGCUGUUACGCGAUCAGUUCACGUCAAGUGGUUACCACCAUGGAGGGCCUUACCUGUACAGCUUCGUGCUGCCAGCGUUCAAGAACCUUGAUUACGACAAAUGGAGCAUGGACUACUUUGGAGGGGAUCCGUGCCUGCUCCCUCCUGUAGCAUGCAAUGCACAAGGCUACGUGACUCGCUUAAUCUUGGCCUCGUUUGUCCCUCCCAUCAACGGCACCUUAAGCCCCUACAUCCGCUUCUUUCCCUAUUUGCAAGAACUCAACAAGUUCACAGGGAGCGUGAAGGCUGUUGGUAACCUGCCUCGCGUUGCUGAUCUGCGACUGCAGAACAAUCGACUGUCCGGUACCGUACCCGCUGCAUUCAAGGAUAAUACAUGUGAUCCAUUUACAGGCAACCCUGAUCUUUUCUGCCCACCAGACUUCGCCUCCGCAGAGCCAACCAGCGCUGCAACACUGCCAGAGGCUCCCCCUUCCUCGUCCUCCUCCAUCUGGCCAAUUAUCGUCGGGAUUCUGGCUGGCGUCGUUUGUCUUGUUCUGUUCCUAGCUGCUGCGUGGUGGUGGUGGAGGCGGCGGCGGCGGCAGCAGAAGGAGAGGGUCACGGGGGACGAAGAGGUAUUGGAGAAGGACGAAAUGAAUGACCCGCUGCAUGAGGAGAUCCUGGGCCACCUGCAGCAGCUGCAGCGGUUUCGCCUGGAGGACCUUCGCAAGGCAACGAGCGGGUUCAGCAGCAGUCUGCUGCUGGGGGAGGGGGGGUACGGGCUGGUGAACCGAGGGAGCCUCAGGGAUGGCAAGCAAGUGGCAAUUAAGCUGCUCAAGAAAGAGAGGCGGGGCACUGAGGAGGCGUUUAUCAACGAGGUGAAUGCCAUCAGUGGUGCCGUGCAUCGCAACCUGCUCAGGCUGGAGGGCUUCUGCGUGGAGAGGGGCGAGCGGGCGCUGGUCUUCCCAUUCCUGCCACAUGGGUCUGUUGCUGACUACCUUAAAGGUGGCAGGAUGAGAGACGACAAAACGCCGCUGACGUGGAAGCACAGGAGGAAGAUUGUACUGGGGAUCGCUGAGGGGCUGGCAUACAUGCACACUGACUGCACUCCCCGACUCAUUCACUUCGACAUGAAGGCCGAGAAUGUGCUGCUAACAGAGGACAACGACCCGGUCAUUUGCGACUUCGGCCUGUCAAAGCUGGUGGAAGUCGACGUGAUACCCUCAACUGCCAGGGGAAACAGACCCAGUGCAGCAGUGCGGGGAACCCUAGGCCACCUCGCUCCAGAGCUCUACAAUACUGGCAAGUGGUCUGAGAAGACUGACGUGUUUGGCUUCGGUGUGCUGCUAGUUGAAGUCAUUGCUGGCUGCAGCGUUUUCGACCUGCCCAUGGGCCAACAGGAGGAGAAGGAAGGAGGAACCAAGGAGGAUGAAGAGAGAGUGGAGGAGGGGGAGAAGGAGGGGGAGAAGGAGAGGGAGGAGGGGGGUGAAAAGGAGGAAGGAGAUGAGAUGUCACUGUGGGAGUGGGUGACGGGGGAGAUGCAGCAGGGGCAUGUGGCCACGCUGGUGGACGCGCAGAUCCGAUCCCACCCGGCUGACUGCGACCCACUGGAAGUGCAG